AUGUUGCAGGAGGCGACGGUGCAGCUCGACAGCUUCAAGGGCCUCUUCCGCCGAUUCCUGCAGGAGGGCGCUCAGACAAUCCAGUGGGACAAGAUCAAGCCUCCGGCUGCAAACAUGGCACGUUCGAUUGUGCUGCCGUAUGCCAGCCUCGACAAGCCCAACGACCACGACAUCAAGGGGUUGCUUGACCAGCUGGUGGUCAUCAAGCUCAACGGUGGUCUCGGCACCACGAUGGGCUGCGUCGGCCCAAAGUCUGUCAUUGAUGUUCGUGACGACAUGACCUUCCUUGAUAUGACUGUGCGCCAGAUCGAGUACCUCAACAACCGCUACCACACGAACGUGCCGCUCAUUCUCAUGAACUCGUUCAACACACACGAGGAGACGGAUCACGUCAUCCAAAAGUACCACGGUUCGACUGUCACGAUUCUGACCUUCAACCAAAGCAAGUUCCCCCGCAUCAGCAAGGACACCCUGCUCCCUGUGGCCAAGAACUACCUCGAUCACGAAGCUUGGUACCCUCCGGGCCAUGGUGACAUUUACGAAUCACUCGUGGCUGCGCCUUUCUUUGAGUCGCUGCUCUUGCAAGGCCGUCAGUACGCCUUCAUCUCGAACGUGGACAACCUCGGCGCCACCGUCGAUACCUCGAUUCUGAACUACUUGAUCAACCAGGCACCCAAGUGCGAGUUCUUGAUGGAGGUCACCGACAAGACCCGCGCCGACAUCAAGGGUGGCACGCUGAUCGACUACGAAGGCAAGACCCGACUGCUUGAAAUCGCACAAGUGCCCAAGCAACAUAUCGACGAUUUCAAGUCCGUCACCAAGUUCCGCAUCUUCAAUACGAACAAUCUGUGGAUCAAGAUGUCCGCCAUCAAGAAGGUGGUCACCAACAAGGAGCUCGAGCUUGAGAUUAUUGUCAACCACAAGAACAUGGAGUCGGGUGUCAACGUCAUCCAACUCGAAACGGCUGUUGGCUCGGCCAUGAAACACUUUGAGAAUGCAAUUGGCAUCAACGUGCCCCGCUCGCGCUUCUUGCCCGUCAAGAACACGUCGGACUUGUUCCUCGUCAAGUCCAAUCUAUACCACCAGGAGAAGGGCACGCUCGUCAUGAAUCCAAAGCGUCUGUUCGAGGUUCCCCUCGUCAAGCUGGGUGACGAGUUCCGCGUGGUUUCCAAGUUCUUGGCGCGCUUUGCCACGAUUCCCGACAUUCUCGAGCUGGACCAUUUGACAGUGACUGGCGAUGUCACCUUUGGCCGUCAUGUCUCCCUGAAGGGCACUGUCAUCAUGUGCCACCACGGCGAUCGCAUUGACAUUCCCGUUGGCGCAGUGCUCGAGAACAAGAUUGUUUCCGGCAAUCUCCGCAUCCUCGACCAUUAA